AUGCGAGGAGCUGAUUACGUCACAUGCCAGACGUCUGGAAGAUGGACCAGAAAGCCCACGUGCUACCGCCAAACAACUACAACCACCACCACCACAACUACUCCCGCCCCAGCGGAAGCUGGACCAGAUCAGUCGCUCUGUCCCGACCCCGGAUACAUCAAAAAUGGCGAUCGCAUGUCCACUCCUCCCAUCACCUCUCGCCUGCAACGUCGGGGAUUUCGACUGGGGACUCAAAUGACGUACUACUGCGUCGAGGGGUACCAACUGCAGGGAACUGAGACCAUAUUCUGCGUUUAUGGGGGAAAGUGGUCGUCGGUUAAACCGUCUUGCGAAUCCGCUCCCAGAUCUCCAGGUGAAGAUGAAAACAAAAUAUACUGUCGGGAUCCCGGUACCAUCCUGAACGGAAAAGUGGCGGUAUUCACUGAAGAUGGCAAAGAUGGAAGUCUUUCCGACAAAUACCUCGAAGGAACCAUCUUAGAAUAUGAAUGCCAGAACGGGUACGAAAUGAUAGGCUCGUAUUCAAUAAGUUGCGAGAUCGAUGGAUUCUGGUCCGGUGUCACCCCCUCCUGCGUCGAAGAAUGUGGCAAGGUCAAGAUGCGUACAACAACUCGAAUAACAAACGGAAAGCCCACCGUGGCUGGUCAGUGGCCUUGGAUGGUGGCCGUGGCAACCGUCUCAGGCGGAGAGUCUACCAUAGAAUGUGGAGGCGUUCUCAUAGACAGGAGACACAUUUUGACUGCUGCCCACUGUCUCGAUACGCCGGGGACCUUUGAGCUGUAUUUCGGGAAAUAUCAUCGGAAUGCGGCAUUGGAUGAUAAGCACAAUUUGACUGUGACCACCAAUCCACACUACAACAGCACCACUUACGAUUCUGACAUCGCCCUGGUGCGAUUCACGCCCGACAUUCACUACUCUACUCGCAUCCAACCCAUUUGUCUACCCACCACGGAAUCAACGGCAGACAAUAUCAGACGAGGAAAAAGUGGAAUCGUGGCCGGCUGGGGAACAAAUGAAAAGAACUUGCCCUCAGAUGCCCUUUAUAUGGCCUUUUUACCCGUCCUUCCCGGGGACCACUGCGCCAAAGCUUACCAAAAACAGGGGAAAUAUUUUCCCAUCACGUCUAACAUGUACUGUUCAGGGUUCGAGAAAGGAGGGACAAGUAUUUGCAUGGGAGACAGUGGCUCGCCCAUGGUGUUCUACGAUAGUUUCUCUGAAAAGUACACUUUAGAAGGACUCGUCAGUUUUGGUGUCAGAGAUGAAUGCAGUGAGCCGGAAAGGUACACAGUCAUCAUCAAAGUGCUGCCUUACUUGCCGUGGGUCAUUCGUACUAAACUGAUUUCAUAA